UGGAAAAGUUUUUAAAAGUUCUUAAAAAAACGAAAUGAUGGCAGCCUAUGAAACGCAGUCCCAGGCUGACUGGAACAGCUAUUGAGAGCAAGCAUUAGAGCAGUUUGAGCCAAGGUUGUAAAGAAGAGAGCCCUGUCCUUUCUGUUGCAAGGAAGUGUUAUAAUUGCGACCCUGGUCUUUCUGAGCUUAAAGUGAUGAAGCCUGAGGACACUGGGGGAGACGGCUUCUACAGUCCUGUGUGUUUGGAACCUUCCUGUGAGGACUGUGUUAGAAACCAUGAAAGGUUAUCUUCUGUUGAAUCCCCAGUUGUAGGGCAUGAUAACAAGGAAAAUCAACGUGUACAAAACAUACUAGAUAGUACAGACGAAACAGAAGAGCUAGAGGCCAGUAGACUGUAUGAGGACAGUGGCUACUCAUCCUUCAUACAGAGUGACCAUGAGGAUGGCAUCCUUCUCCUGGAGAACUUCCGAAACAAUUCUCAGGCCCGUCUGCUGCCAUCUCAGAGCCCAGACCAGCAUCCCAACAAAAACUUGUUGCCUGUCCUGCAUUUUGAAAGAGUGGUUUGCUCAACAUUAAAAAAGAAUGGCAAGAGAAACUCUAAAGUGGACCGAGAAAUGCUGAAGGAAGUUAUUGCCAGUGGAAACAUUAGGCUGCAAAAUAUAAUUGGCAAGAAAAUGGGCCUGGAGCACCUAGAUAUCCUGGCGGAGCUCUCCCGGAGGGGAUUUAUGCACCUGUUAGCUAAUAUCUUGACGAGGCUCAGUGGCAUGGACUUAAUAAAUUUGUCUAAAGUGAGCAGAAUUUGGAAGAAGAUACUAGAAAAUGAUAAAGGAGCAUUCCAGCUGUACAGCAAAGCCAUGCAAAGAAUCAUUGACAGCAGUAAGUUGUCACUGCAUGCUUCAACCAGAGGAUAUGUCAUGAGCAGAACUGCACUAACUUCUAUUCAGAAGUCAUCAACCUGGGCACCUCCAAAAAAAGAUGUUCAAGUCAAGUCCUCCAGUCAGCGUGGUCAGAAAGGUUCUACUUAUAGCCGGCACAACGAAUUCUUGGAGGUGGCAAAGACAUUGAAAAACAAUGAAAGCCUCAAAGCUUGUGUUCGUUGUAAUUUCCCUGCAAAAUAUGACCAGUAUUUAGAGCGAGCAGUCUGCAAACGGGAAAGCUGUAAAUUUGAAUAUUGUACAAAGUGUCUGUGUGCUUACCAUAACAGCAAAGACUGUUUGAAUGGCAAGAUCCUGAAAGCCAGCUGUAAAGUGGAUCCUUUGCCUGGAACUAAAAGGAGUAAAAAGAACUUACAAAGAUUAUGACCUUUUAGGUCAGCUGUAGAUCUUAAGGGCUACUUUUUAUCUAUUUGUAGUUAGAUGCUAAGAUAAAAUUGAUUGCUUUUUUCUUUUUUUUCUUUCUCUUUUUCUUUCUCUUUCUUUUUCAUUUUUUCCCCCUGGGGGCAAGGGUAAAGGGAAGCCUGGGUGGUGUUUUGUCUUGAAAAUAGAUGUGCUUCAGUGUUAGCAUCUGAGAUGCUUUACCAAAUUUGUAUCAUACUCCUAUAAACUUGAGUCUAUGUUUGUCGAUAUGAGCUUCUUACAGUGUUAAGUGUCCAUUGUAGAGUCCUAUUUAUUUCUGAAAUCUGUUUCAAUGUUUUUAUAUCUGCAAAUACCUGUUUUUAUGUGCCAAAGAAAAUAAAUAAUAUGCAUA